AUGUUUGAUAUUCGGCAAUCCAUGGAAUUGUGCCCUAACAUGCUGGAGAAAUGCACCGAAGCUAAUGUGACAUUGUUCAAAGAGAGCGAGAGAAAGACGCUCCUUGAAUUUAAGCAAAGCCUUCAAGCUGUGGAUUCGUCGGGCAUUGACGUCCUUUCUUCAUGGAAAAGUGAGGAGUGCGGUGUUUGGGUGGGUGUCAGUUGCAAUAACCUUACAGGGUACGUGGGAAAGCCCGAUUUUAGAAGCAGAUUCAAGGAUGUAGCAGGUGCAAUUAGCUCUUCAUUGCUUAAACUACACCACUUGCGUCUUUUAGAUCUCAGCUAUAAUGAUUUUAACGGAAGUGUCAUCCCUGAGUUCUUUGGUUCUUUGAAAAAACUAAGAUACCUGGAUCUCUCUAAAGCUAAUUUUGGAGGGCCAAUUCCUUCUAACUUAGGAAAACUUUCCAUGUUGGAGACUUUUAGAUUGGGUGGCAAUGGUGAAGGCCUGUUUUAUCGCCAUAAUAUAGUAAAUACGUUUACUGUUGGAAAGCUUGAGUGGCUUUCCCAUCUAUCUUUUAUAAGAGAGUUGGACCUCAGUUUCGUAAUACGUAAUGAAUAA